AACUUCCAACAAGAUUCAGAAUCUGUGCUAUCAAAUCGUCCAAGAUUCAAUUCCUGAAUUUAUGCCGUGAAAUUCGUAACAUGUUUGAAUUCGCAGCCUUUCUCUUAUUUAUUUAUAAUCAAACAAUUCUCAAUUGCACAACAGAGUUCAAACAUUCAAAGAGGCAAGCAGACUUAAGGAGUUCAUCGUUGCAUUAUUGGUUAGCAACAUGGCUAUAACUGCGGUACAGAUGGCGAUUAUUGUGGGUGUACUUGGUCUGAUCUCCUUCAUAUUAGGAGUACUAGCUGAAACUAAGAAGCCUGCAGCUGGCACCCCAAUUCCUGGGAAAGAUGUCGUCAUUUGCAAGUACCCAUCGAGUCCCACAGUUGUUUUGGGUUCUCUCUCGUUUGUGUUUCUUAUAGCUUCAUCUGUAUUUGGCUACUUGUCAGUCUUUUACCCUUACAGAGGAAAACAGGUUCCGCAGUCCAUUUUGUUUAAAAGCAUGAACUUCACCAUCUUCUUCAACGUUUCUGUGUUUGCAGCUGGAAUGGGAGCAAUGUUUCUAUUAUGGCCAACCAUCACAGAGCAACUUCACCGGUCACACAAUGUCCAUCAUAACCUCGAAACAGAAUGUCCCACAGCUAAAACAGGCCUCCUUGGUGGUGGUGCUUUUGUGUCCUUGGAUGCAGCUCUCUUAUGGAUGGUUGCCCUUAUGUUAGCUGUCAAUGCUAGAGAAGAUUUCUUAGACGAUCAAAAAGAGGACCAUUUUAAGGGUGGAGACGACCAUGUUAUCACAACCACUAUAUGAGAUUAUGUGUGUGGGUGAUGCUUGAAAAUGAAAAACAUUGAUCUCCUUGUCUGCAAAAUUCAGUGGCAAAAUUUUUUCCUCUUUGAAUAUUAUUGAAUUUGGUUGAUGGGCUUCUAAAAGGAUAAUUCUAGUAUAGCAAGCAAGCUGCAGUUAAUUUAGAGAAUUCAAUGUACAUAUCUUUUAAUAAUUGUAAGUUUGCCUCUGUUUUCACCA